AUGCAUUGGAAAUAUGCGAAACGGCUUCGGAAGAAAGGUGAAUGGGGAUUAAGUUGGGUCCGACGUUUGGGCACUUUUGUUAUUGUGAUUCGAGCCUUCGGCUGGUUUUCUGGCCGCCGAGUUUUUUUCCCUAGCGGGAGUUGUGAUCCUAGGGAAGUCGGAAGCGACGUCUAUAUAGCGCGUUUGCUUAAUAUGUCCCAGGGGUCCAAGGCACUGACACUUUAUCACAAGCGAAAGCUUUAUUAUGAGCUUAAACGACAGAAAGAAAAAGACGCAGUGGAAAAUGGGACACUUGGGCGUGUUGAGGAAAUUUGAAAUCGAUUUGGGAUCUUUACCUAAUGAGAUUGAAUAGCAAAA